AUGACCCCCCAAAACGUCCACAGGAUUCUGAUCAAUCUUAUGAAGUACCUGCAGAAAUGCAAGCAGUACCGACCGUUCUGGAAACUGGACAAAGCGAUCGUGAUGGAGAAGUUUGCCGCCAAGAAGCCCCCUUGUGUCGCCUAUGACGAGAAGUUGCAGUUCUAUUCCAGUAUCACCUCUGAAGUGAUGCAUCACCCCUUGAUCAAGGAUGAGCACUGCAUCCACCUUCCGCUCGGACCCCUGGCGAACACCAUGCAGGAAAACGUCAAGGGCUGGAAGCCAGCACUCAGCUACCUGUUGGGCCAGUCAGAUGGUGGCCAAGACUUCCUCUUGCUUCCCCUUGCUUCCCCUCCACCUACACUCCCCCCACCUUCCCAUCUCUCCCCACCCCCACCUUUGUCCCCUCUCUGGUCCCUGUGGCCCAGGUUGGUAAGGAAGGAAGGAGUGGAUGGAUGUCUCUUCGCACCACAAGGCCCCCAGGCACAAGCAGCCUACUUGGCCAUACCUACCCUGCUGAAGGCCAGAACAUCCAGGAGCUGUGGUGAGACUUCAGCUGUCCUCAAGGACAGGAAGAGAGGCACAGAGAACAGCACAGGCAAAGGCUGGGUAAUGGGGUUUGUGAGGUUGAUAGAGGACAGAGGCUUGGCUGCAAUGGUUAUGGGAAGAGAGGAGGUGGGCAGGGCCCACCUGCACCGAGGCCAUUCUGCACCGAGGGCCACACUGUCCCUUCCUGUCAAAAACUGUCAGACAGGAAACUACACCAAUGGGGGAGGGGCCACCACCUGUUUGGAGGAGGAGACAGACUUGAGAAGGCGCCGGCGCCUCCCGCGGCAGGAGUCGCUUCUCCGCGGCCUCUUUCGUCCCCUGCGUCCCUAGCCGGGCUUCCGAGAGUCUGACUCAGCCGAGCCCGCAUCGCUUCACCUCCUACAACACACCCGGAGCGCGCGGAGAAAUUACAGGAUUGCAGGGGCACGGCUAGUGCGCUCCAAUUACCCACCGCCGCUCUCCUCCGCGGCGCUCGGCGGCACGGGGACAACGCGCCGUAAUUAGGCCGCCCCUCCCAGGUCCCGGAACCCGUCCCCCGUCCCCAGUAGCGCGCGCGUCGGUUCCUCCCGCUGCUUCCUGCCGCCCUCCGGGACUGCCCCCUUGGUCCCAGGAGAGAGCUAUGAGACCCCCCCCAACCUGGGGUGGGGGGAGGGGAGGACUUGGAGACCCGUCCCUAGGCCUGAAGUGGGGAAGCCGGCCCCUCCCCUCCCGUAAGCCUACAGUCUUUGAGAUCUCUGCAGGAAGGGACUGGGAGAGUGGGGAGGGGGCAGGACCCUCUCGUAGACAUGGUCACUGAGGCCGACUGGAAAGUUAACUGUCCCGGGCGGGGGUGGGUAGGGCACCCGGGCGAUAGUAUCCCAUUUUGCACUGAAGGCUCAGACAAGUAAAGGCUCUCAGGGAAGACCACCCAGCUAGAACUUCCAGAUCAGCUCAUUUAAGGAGCCGGACAGGCUCCUUCCCCUGCCUGGGGAAUUACAUUCCUGCGAAGAAAGGUGAUACCCCCGCCGCAGACUGGAGUGCUGGCAGCCGACCAGCUGUGGCCUGUUGGCCACAAGGGAGCUGGUGAAGUGUGGCUCAAGUCUUCCAUCCCAGGAAGGGUGGGAGGAGGCCCUGAAGACACAGAAGCCAAGCCUGGUGGCCAGCACUUGAGGGGAGCAACUUGGCUGUCAGCUUCUUUAUCCAAACCAGGCUCCAACCUCUCCACUAUCAGGAAUUUUUUCCUGAUGCCCAGGGGGUUGCAAACUGAUGGCCUUGGGCCAAGUUUAAUCUUCAGUGAGGUUUUUUUGACCUUCAGUGAGUAUGUGGUUUUUAUAUUCUACGGACAAUGUGGGCUGCCCUCCCCAUUGGCAAAGGCCAGUGUGGCCACACUAGGUCCCCAAGUCAUUUGAGUUUGAGACCUUGAUUUAGACCGGCCCACCUGGCCUGCGCCUUUAGCCUUUUCCUCAUUUUCUAGGAUCUCAGUCUGCACUAUUGCACCUUUGUAGUUUUUGCAUGUUCUCAGUAAGCGUGCCAAGAUGAGUGUCCCUCCGAGCCCCGCCUUAUGCUCCCUACAUGUGGGGCCAGUGGUGGUUGCAUAUGCUUCUGGAAACCCCUCUGGCAGCCACUUUUUUCAUCUUGAAUAUCGGUCUCUGCCUUGGGUAGGCACCAGAUCUUUUCCAGUGGGGGUGACAUGGUAUUUUCUGCCAUGAGACCAGAGGUUCCUUGAAGGCAGGAUAUUGGAUCUCUCCCUUAGACUGGGAUCUCACUGAGGGCUAGGGGAAGGGAGUGUGGAGGUAGUAUCUUCCAUCAUAGCGAGCUCCCUGAGGAUGGGGCUGUGUCUCCCCUCAGACUGGGGCUCCUUGAAGGCAUUAGAUUCUCCCCUCAGACCGGGGCUCCCUGAGGGCAGGGCUGCGUCUCCCCUCAGUCUGGAGCUCCUUGAAGGCAUUGGAUUGUCCCCUCAGAUGGGGCCUUUGCACCCAUCUCACCCCUCUGGCUCUCGGCUGCCCGUAGGCAUUCCUCCCAGGACGCUGUUUGUCACGCUUCGAUGAAUGAAACCUACUAAGAAUAACUCAGUCCUUGUAGUCUCUAAAGGACAAGGGUGUUGGAGGGGGCGGGCGGAGACUGCUGAUUGUGGAGAGGCUGGUGGAGGAUGGACACAACUAUUCAUUCAAUAGCAUUUUCCCCGGUGCCCAUCUGGACACUGGCAGGAGACACGGGGUGCCACAGAGCCCCCUACUAUGCCAUUCCUGCUGUUGCCAGUAGGGGGAUGGCUACAGGACUCCUGAGAUAGAACUCCCACCCCCCUUCUUCACAGCCUUCCCACCCCAGAAGUCAUCACCUCAGUGCCACCCAGCCCUCUGUAUGCCUGCCACCAAGUCCCUCUGCCUGGAAGUCAGGUGCUUGGGGUGGGGGACUGCUUCCAAUGGCACAGGCGCUGUGGCAGGGAGUGCCUGUGGAGCAGCCUUCAUCUUCUUCCUGCGGAGAACUGUCAGACUGACCACGGGGGAAUGGAGAAGCAGUCUGAAAAUGACAGAAGGGCAUUUGGUGUUCUAAUUGGGGGAUGGGGUAUGAGUGACCCAGAGGAUGAACCCCUGUCCCCCACCCCCACUCCACUCUUCCUCCCUCAUCCCGCCCCUUUCCACUCCCACACCUCAAGCCUCCAGUUAAGAACUGAGGGAACUUUCCAAUGCAGCUGUUCUCCCGGGCACUUCACAGGGGGCCCGUGGGGUGGGGAGGCUGUGACCUUAACCCGCGUCUCUGGAUGAGGCCUUCCUGGCAUUCCGCCCUCACCUGCCACCUCUUGAAACGGACAUUUCGACCUGGUCAGCCUGUGAGCCAGGCAGCCUGGUAUGAUACCAGCUCUGCCACUGAUCCCACUGUGACCUUGAGAAGCCAUUUGCUCCCUGGGCCUCAGUUUCCCCACACAUAAAAU